UCCAAAUGUCUCUCUCUCUCUCUCUCUUCAAACAUGACACCCAAGUGAAAAUCAAUGAAUGAUUAUAGUCCUUUUGGUUCCUUCAAUAGCAUCUAAACCUAGUUCCUUCCAUCCACCUUUCUUCAAGUAAAUUGCUCCAUCUCUCUCUCUCUCUCUCUCUCUCUCUCUCAAACAAAAGAUCAAACACUAACAUGGACUCAAACCCACUAAAAAUAGACUCUCCAAACCCAGACAUCACAACCAUGAUCACCAGCACCACAACUACCUUAUCCUCAGCAUCAUCAUCAUCUUCUUCCUCCUCCACCUCCCCAUCUCCUCUAAGCCGAUACGAAAACCAGAAACGCCGAGACUGGAACACCUUCGGCCAGUACCUCCGCAACCACCGCCCACCUCUCUCUCUCCCCCGCUGCAGCGGCGCCCACGUCCUCGAAUUCCUCCGCUACCUCGACCAAUUCGGCAAAACCAAAGUCCACACCCAUCUCUGCCCCUUCUUCGGCCACCCCAACCCUCCCGCACCUUGUCCCUGCCCUCUCCGCCAAGCCUGGGGCAGCCUCGACGCCCUCAUCGGCCGCCUCCGUGCCGCCUUCGAAGAAAACGGAGGCAAGCCCGAAGCGAACCCUUUUGGCGCUCGAGCGGUGAGGCUUUAUUUGAGAGAAGUUCGCGAUUCGCAGGCCAAAGCUAGGGGUGUUAGUUAUGAGAAGAAGAAGCGAAAGCGGCCGCCAUUGCCACCGGCAUUGCCACCUCCUCCUACUACAAGUUAAGCUAGGAUGAAGUGGGUAAGUAUUGAUGAUACAGUCAUAUAUCGAUCGAUAUGAGAUAAAAUCGACUUAUAUAUAGUCGGUGAAUAUCAGUAUUAGAAGUUCAAAAUUCUGAUAAAUGUAUUAGUAUUGAAAACCUGAAAUCGUCUAUGUUAGCCAGGCUUGCCAUGGAUGCUCACAAUUAAUAAGUGCAUGCAUAAUCUUCUACUCCAUGAGUACUUUAUAUGCAGCUAGGUUUUUCUCUUUUUUGUUUAGAAAAAUAAAUAAAUAAAACAUCAAACUCUUUUUUAAGAAUAAUCAGAUGUACACAAUCGUCCUCUACUCUCUCUACGUACUCUACAUACAAAUAAAUUGUUUGUGUAUUUUAAA